GUUGGUGAUGCCAGAAGGGAGCCGCCUGUACAGAACGAGGGGCAGGCGGUGGUCUACAGAUUCUGAGCCGGCCGAGCACACACAUCCCGGGGCCUCUGUGCCGGCCGAGCACUACGCCUGUAGGAGUAGUGCUGUUCAUCUUCUCCAAUCAUUCUCCGUAUUUUCCAUCAUUUGAGAGAUUUCUUUUCAUCCUGGUACAGUUUCCAUUUGUGGCGACGCGACGGGGGAGAAAAAUAUCAUUCUGGGGUGGUUGGUGGGUGGGUGUCUAUAAAGUUUUGUCUAAAGGUGGCGUCGCCAUUGCGGGCGGCAGGCACUAGCAGUGGCAAUAGCUGUGUGCGUGGGGAGGUUGACCGGGACGCCUUCCGGAUCCUGAAAUAAGGCCACCGCUCGUUUCCCCUCCCUUCACUCCCUCCCCUUGCAUUUUAGCCUCCCGCGGUUCUGGAGCCGCGGGCCAUUCCCAACCAUCGUUCCGGUGGUGGCCGGUAUUGGCCGAGACCCAUGGGCAUCCAGGUCGCGGCGGUCGUCACGCCGCCGCCGUGCUCUUCCCCCUCGUCCUCCUCCCCGGCGUCGCCUUCGUCCUCCGCCAUUGCCGCGUCGCCGCGGCAUGCCGUGCCGCGCCCCGGCGUCAGGUUGGGGAGGAGCCAGUCGUCGCUGGCCGGCUGGAGCGCGGGCCUCGCCCGGCGCCGCGGCGGGCCGCCCGCGAUCAGACGCGCCAUCAGCGCCAGCGUCGACAGCGUCGGGAGCGACGGCGGGGACGACGAGGAGUUCCUGAGGAGGAUCCAGGAGCUCGCGGCGGGCCAGCACCCUGGCGCCGGCGGCUGCGGGUGGCCGGCCAGCGUGGAGCGGAGCGCCAGCAGCGUCGGGCUGCCGCUGUCGCUGCGGAUGCUCAAGCGGCGGAAGCAGCAGCAGCAGCAGCUGGAGCAGGGGCGGUGGGACGAGCGCCUCAUGGACCGCGCCGGCGAGUCCGCGCGCGCCGCGGUGGGGCGCGCCUUCGCGUCCAUGGUGCUCAUCAUCCGGGAGCUGCAGAGCUUCACGCUGCAGAUGCGGGAGGCGCUCUUCUACGAGGACCUGCAGGGCGUCCUGGCGCGCGUCCACGCCGAGAUGCACGCCUCCUUCGUCUGGCUCUUCCAGCACAUCUUCUCCGGCACCCCGGCUCUCAUGGUCUCCCUCAUGCUGCUCCUCGCCAACUUCACCGUCUACUCCAUGGGCGACAGCGUCGCGGCCGCCGCCACGCUCCGGCCUCCCCAGGCCGCCGUGGCGGCCGUCGAGAUGGUGGACACCCAGACCCAGCAGCCGGCGGAGCAAUCCCAUUCCCAGCAGCGGUUCGACCCCGCCGCGCUCAAGACGUUCUCAGCCACCGGCCGCACCGCCUCGGUGGGCGGGAACGGCGACCGGGGCGGCAAGAUGCGGCCGGUCGCCGGCGCCACCGGCGACGGCCAAUCGGACGAGUCGUCGCACAGACAAAGCGGAGCGGUGCUGCCUCAGGACGCGUCGCAGCAGGCGACACCGCUCGGCGCGGGCUCGGAGGCGUCCGUGUCCGACUCAAUGGCCGUGGAGGACGAGCUUGCCAUCUGGAAACGGAUAUCCGAUGAGGCGACCAGGAUGCAGGCGAGCGUGAGCGCCGAGGAGCUGAUGGACCCAGAAAUCCUGGAGCAGCUCGUCGCGCCGGUGGAGGCGCCGGCGCCGGCGCCGGACGCGGAGUACUCGGCGGAGCACGCGGCCACGGCGCGGAGCUACGAGCAGGCCGUUUCCGAGGAGCCCAACAACUCGCUGCUGCUUUCCAACUUCGCUCAGUUCCUGUACCAGGUGCAGGGCGACCACGACCGGGCGGAGCACUUCUUCAAGCGGUCGGUGCGCGCGGAGCCGGCGGACGCGGAGGCGCUGGGGCGGUACGCGGUGUUCCUGUGGCAGGCGCGCAACGACCUCGCGGCCGCGGAGGAGACGUACCAGGAGGCCAUCGCCGCCGACCCCAGCAACGCGCACCACGCGGCGGCCUACGCGCACUUCCUGUGGAACACGGGCGGUGAGGACACAUGCUACCCCCUCGACUGAUCUGCGCCGCCGCCCAGCGCACAGACCGUCGGUGCCUCCCAUAAAAACCCAAACACAAAAAAGAAAGAAAGAAAAAAGAGAUCGCUCCCUCCUCCGCCACGCCACUUCACUCCACUCCACUCCGUCGGCAAGUCCACGCUCUUCUCGCGGCAUUUGCUUGGGCGGCUACCCAGGCAGCGAUGCUACACUCCAAGUGAAGCUGAAGCUGAUACACUUCGCGCUACUAGAAUCAGAACCGUCCGUUUGCUUAAGCAGCCGUGUUCUCUCAGUCUCUUCCCGUGGUCGCAUGUUCUGGGGCAAGUGAAGCAGUGGAGCAGCGGCCGCCGGAAACCCGCGCCUCGCCGCCGCCGCUUGCCGAUCUGGAAACCCAGCGGCGAGGCGGUUGCCGGCUGCGCCGGGGGAUGGAAUCCGUGCCCGUCCACUUGUUGGCGUCGCGUGUCGGGACUCGGGAGACGGCGUGGAUGUUUUGGCGCUUUGCACGGUGUCGUCGAGAUUCGCGAGGCGCCGCUCCGUGCCUCCGUUCAGUGGGGGAAGGUGGAGUCAAGUAUAUACACCAGCAGCAAAUUUUGCUUCUUGUAACUGUGCAGAUGAAUAAACUGUAUAAGAAGCUCCCCAAUUUUGUUUGUUUUCACCCGGUGAGGCACCACCAAACCAACAAGUAUAUGGUUUCUUUUC